AUGUACCGCCGCAACACCAGGAGCUUCUCCCCCACGCGCGAGCUUUGUGAAGUCGGAGGCAUGCGACCUACGAGCGUGGACGCAGACGCGUCGCUCUGGGGCCGCACGCAGCGCUGGUGUCGAGGCCGCAGCGUCCUCGUGGCGUCCCAGAGAGUGUACCAGACCAUGUGGCUUGCCGUGCUGGUAUACGCCUUCCUCGGGCUGCCAGUGCUUGGACGCGUGUUGAACUUUGCGCGGUUUGUCCAUCGCUUCAGUGCAGUUACGAUCGUCCAAGGGCUGCUGGUGGGAUGGCUUCAGGACGUGGCGAUCUUGUUGCAGACCAUAACCUGCAUCUGUGUCGUCAAGGUGUUACUGGACGGGGACAAGACGUUUGCGCCACAGGGACUAAUGGCAGCUGCAACAUCAACAUCAACAACAACAACGACAGUCGUGAGGAGUUUUCCCAAUAGUGGCUUCCUCAGGACCGGCAGUGCCAGCACGAGGUACUUGCCAGUCUACAUGCCGGUGCUCGCAUCCGCGCAGGAGUUCCAAGACGAAGGCAUGGAGGCCGUUGCGUCGGGUCUCGUCCCAAACCACCGGACGCUGCUGAGUUUUGGUGCUGCUGUAGCCGAUCGACCGGCACUUGUUGCACGAAUAACGCGCGGGCUGCACGCACUGGUGAUUGUGCUCUUGCUGCAGCUCAUUCUAGUGGCAGCGACGAUUGCAAGCGUCGCGGACUUUUGUCUCCAGGUGACUUUGCACCCCCGACUGAAUCGUGCGUUCGUCGAUAUCUUUUUCAGCUACAUGGGGCAGUUUGCUGCAUCAGUGAGUGACGAAGAAGUCAUGACGCGGACAGUUGUGGGAUCCUGGACAGUCUACUUUGCACUCGUUGCUGCACUGACGUAUGGGUUCUACACGGGUCGAUUGCCGCUGACGUCUGAUUUCCUGCGACUCCCGAGUGUGCUUUGCUGCUGUUUCGAUCGCCGAUACAACGCGCGGAAAGACUCGAUGGCGUCAAUGAACAUGCCAGCGCUGACAACGUCCAAGUCGUACGUGUCCGACUUGUUUGCGUCGUAUUGGCAGCGUGCAGGAAAGCCGAUGGAAUUUUCACGAAGAGGUAGCGGUCAGAACUACGAUCAGUUGCCAGGUGGAAGUGCUAGUGGUGGCUGCAGGACAGCGCUCGCGUCAAGCUCCUCGCUGUCUUCAGGAUACGAUGCUUCGGCUAAAUCUGGACCGUUGACUAUGCUGGCGCGCUGCAUUCUUGCAAGUGUGUUGAUGACGGGUGCUGCUUUGUCAGUAUCACUGCUUGUUGACGGCAAGGGCGGUGUCGAUAUGAAGCUGAUGAACAACGCCAUGUUUACUCUGCAGACAGAGCCUUUUUUCUACCGCCCCACGACCAUUCAUCGCGAAGAGAUCAACUGCACAGCAGCUAGCAGCGCCUUGCGAUCGACGUUAGGCGUUAGCGAAAAGUACGAGCUGGAUGGGCUGGGAAAUGACGAUCAUUGUGCGCUGCUGUGGCGCAAGACCACGGGCUAUGAGGGUGAGAACAUCUUUGAGCUGCAGUUCAAUGAAACAGCUUCUGAGACGACGACAGCUGACGAGACUGCUGCGAGUUCAACGGCUGAGGCCAGUGCCGGAUCGGCAGCAACACAGCCUGCAGAAAAAGUCAGACCCAACAUUAUCGUGCUCAACAUGGAAUCUUGGAGGCACCUGGACGUCGGCGUGCUUGGUGGUGCUGCUAAGAAGGCAAGUACUGGGAAAAGUGCGACGCCUCGAUUCGACGAGCUUGCACAAAGCGGCAUUUUGUACAGUAAGCACUAUACCCAGUGUGUACAAACGACGCGUACGCUGCUGACGACGCUGUUUGGCAUGUUACCGUCGUGCACGGAGACAACGGCGCUGAAACAAUACAGCACGACGCUAAACGUGCGAGGCCUGCCGCACUUUUUGAAGCAGCGCGGCUACUUUAACCUCUUCUGGAGUGCCGUUGACCUGACGUGGGAGUAUUGGGACAAGUUUCUGCUGGCAAAUGGGUUUGACACGAUCGUGGAUGACCGCAAGAUUCGCAAGAUGCUGCACGAGACGCGCAACUACAAGAACAUGCCGGACGACCAUUUUUCGUGGGGUAUGCAUGACGACUUGUCAUUUGAGAUGCUUUUGUACGCAAUCGAGUCGGCUCAUAACGCGAGUGCAGUGGACUCUAUGGAUGCUGCAAUUGCAUCAAGGAUGGCGGCAUCGCAUGCUGGUACUGAGACGUUUGCGCACGGGACUGACACUGAGGGCAUGCCAAGUGUCCAGGAUGUGGCCGCGCAGAGCAGCCACAAUGACGUUGCAAAUUCCAGUGCAGACGAAUCGGUUGCUAUGGAAAUGGCAACCGAUGAGGCGUCGUCGAGGCUGUCAUCUGCACCAGCAGAGCUUCCGCUUCUGGGCUGGGAGGGGUUGCAGACGCCGUACUUUAUCGACAUGUACAGCAUCACGAGCCACAAUCCGUGGGCGCUACCGAACUCGUACGAUGUGCCGGACCUGUCCGGUCUGUAUACGCGCAACAACAAGAAGUACUUGAACUCGAUGCGCUUUUCGGACGAGAUGCUGGGCAACUUUAUUGCGUCACUGCGUGCAAAGGGACUCAUGAAGAACACGAUCGUGAUCAUCGAAGGCGAUCACGGCUACGGUCGUCUCGAACACGAUAACAACCCGUCCGUGGCCGAGUCGGGCGUGUGGGAUGAAGCUUCGAGAGUGCCGUUUUUGUUGUUGGCCGACGACUUUCUUCGCGAGCAAGACAAGGGCACAGUUGUGACCCAACUGACCAUGCAGUCGGACCUCAUGGCUACGAUUGCUGACAUCCUUGGCGUGACUCCCGAAGAGCCGCUGCACCAGCACGGAUACGGCCACUCGAUGAAGCGUCGUCGUGGGCAAUUGGCGACACAACAAGAAGCAGCAGCAGCAGCAGCAGAGGAAUUGGUGGCAGGGAAGGAUGGCAAUGUGAGUUUGAACGUGCUGGCGACCGAAGCACUGGCAGCAGACGCUCGAGCGAGUCUGCAGGAACGCCGCGUUGUUCUGUGCAACCCGUUCAGCGGGACGAGCAAAGGCGUGCGGACUGAAGAGCUGAAGUACGUCUUCCACCCGGAUGGGUCCUACAACGUGUUUGAGCCUGCAGUGGACUAUGCGGAGAAGAGGCCGCUCCGGACGGGAUUCGACGUCGAGGAGAUGGACGAUGCCACGCGCGACGCGUAUGACUACGUGACUAAGAUCGUGGACUUGAACCAGUUCCUCUUUGAGGCCAAUCGAAUGAUUACUCCACUGCCGACGUCGUCAACAGGAGCUACGCGAGACAACUUUACCCGUUUGCAAAGACCUGUUGCAGCCAACGGGACAAUACCCGACGAGAUCGAGCUGACACACUGA